CUGCAGCAGCUUCAGGCUCUAGGGGAAUUUCAUGGCAACUUUGGUGCUUCUCAGCCCUCCAGCAGUUCUAUUCCCCCUCACAGGAGGCACACGUCAAUUGUGGUGACUCCUGUUUCAGCUCUGGUCCUCUACUACACCUCCAGUGAUGGAACUACUGACUAUGAGCUACUCAACGAGUCUCAGUUCAUGUUUCACACAGGGUUUCACCAGCAGUUGGCUGAGGGGAGCCUGACCUCACCAGAGGAUCCGGGCUCAGCCGCCAGUCUGGAGGCCAGGAUUGGCACCAGACUCCCAGAGAGGGAACUGCGUGUUCUCUACCGCAUCAGUACACUGACUGGAGUUGUCCUGGAGGAGGACGUGAUGGCUGUCGGGGCAGACACCAGCAGCCUCACCGUUGUACCAAACUGUGAGCAGACUGAGCUCCAUUACGCCAGACGCUGCCUGCACAGCUAUAUGAUGGAGGUGGUGAGAGAGAGGAAUGAGAUGGAGUACAGCAGCUGUAGAGAUAUCUCCUCCAGAGAGGCCUCCAUGCAGCUCUCACUAAUGACACCAGCAGAUAAUACACUCCCCAUCACCUUCCACUACCAGACUGUGUUCUCUCUCGUGAAAAGACUCAGCAUCCAUAUGUAUGCUGACAAAGCACUGAGCGGUCUCUUCCCGUGCCUGGUGGCUCUGGGCCUCGUGAGAGACAAGAUGGAGGAGUACACUCUGCAAGUUUCUGGAGAAGAGAGCUACAUUUACGGGCAAACAGAACUCAUUGCCUUUCGCCACAUUCGAAAGUGUAUUGUGAAAUCCGAACCGAUUCAUUUGUCAGUGACCGAAAAGAAACCAAUCGAAAUCGAAAGGCCGCACCAUUUCAGCAUUAUGCCGCUGGAUCCCUAUUCCACCGUCCCCAUGAAACACUAUGAACUGAGCAGCCUGAGUCCCAUUAGUCUGGAGGGGGUGUGGAGCUCCUGGGAGAUUGAAAGGAAAUUG